GGGGACGUGUCACUUCUGGGCGGGAAACAAAUUUCUCUGCUAAAUCACUUGUUCGUUUAGGAAAAAAUAUAACAGCCAGAUGUUCCCUAUAUUGUUUUUGGUCUUUGUUGUGGCCGUUAAGGUAUUCAAGAAGACCACUCCUAAUGGCAAAAUUACGGUAUAUCUGGGCAAGAGAGACUUUAUCGACCAUCUAGAUCAUACUGAUCCCAUCGACGGUGUUAUCGUCGUAGAGAAUGAUUACCUUCAGGGGCGCAAGGUCUUUGGUCAGGUCUCGACAACCUACCGAUAUGGCCGAGAGGAGGAUGAAGUUAUGGGAGUCAAGUUCAGCAAAGAGCUAGUAUUGUGUCAAGAUCAGAUAGUACCGCAGAAGAAGGAGAAGCAAGAGACUACAACGAUCCAGGAGCGCUUGCUGAAGCGUUUGGGUUCAAAUGCAUAUCCAUUCACGUUCCAUUUUCCACAGACGGCUCCUUGCUCGGUCACCCUGCAACCCGGCGACGAUGAUCAAGGAAAACCCCUAGGAGUCGAAUAUGCUGUGAAAGUAUUUGUUGCAGACAACGAAGAAGACAAGGGACACAAAAGGUCCUCUGUAUCAUUAGCCAUCAAGAAGCUACAGUACGCUCCACCGACGCGAGGCCGCCGACUUCCCAGCUCUUUGAUUUCUAAGGGAUUCACCUUCUCCCAGGGCAAACUGAAUCUGGAAGUCACUUUGGACAGAGAGAUCUACUAUCACGGCGAGAAAGUUGCGGCGAACAUCACAGUUACGAACAAUUCACGAAAGGCGGUGAAGAACAUCAAGUUGUACGUGGUACAACAUUGCGAGGUGACCAUGGUAAAUGCCCAAUUUUCGCGACACGUGGCUAGCUUGGAAACCCGCGAGGGUUGCCCGAUCACACCGGGUGCAUCCUUCACGAAGCAAUUCUAUCUUGUGCCUUUGGCCAGCAGCAACAAGGAUCGGCGUGGCAUCGCUCUCGACGGGCAUCUCAAAGAUGACGACGUAAAUUUGGCAUCCUCAACUCUGGUAAUGGAGGGCAAGUGCCCGGCUGAAGCCUUGGGUAUCGUGAUUUCUUAUUCGAUCCGAGUAAAGUUGAAUUGCGGUACUCUGGGUGGCGAGCUGGUCACCGAUGUUCCAUUCAAACUGAUGCAUCCGACCCCUGGUGCCAUUGAAAGAGAAAAUGCCAUAUUAAAAAAAAGCAAGAGCAUCGACAGGGCACGGUACGAGAACUCUUGCUACGCCAACGAUGACGAUGAUAAUAUCAUAUUUGAAGACUUUGCUCGUUUGCGCUUAAACGAACCAGAGUAAAUUAAAGAGAGAUAAAGAAAGAGCGAGAGAGAGCGAAAGAUUAGCGCUUUUUAUCUUGCGAUCGAUCAUUUCAAAAGAAUCCUGAGCUUUUUGCUCACGAUGGAUUAUUUUUCGCCUUAAAACCAACUUUACCUUUUAGAUAUUAACAUUAAAUCUAAAGUGAAUUAUUAUACACGAUUAAAAACUUUAAAAUAUAAGUAAUUCAUUUAAAAUUUGCGUCUUUUUGGAUUCUUUUGACGUGAUUUUCAGUGAACGAGCUAUAUUCAGUGAAUGUAGGUAAAAAAAAGACCACUAUUAAAAUUAACUGUAUUAUAAUAUUAUGAAACUGUUACUAAAGAAAAAAAACGAAAAGAAUACAAAAAAAGCGAAAAGAUAAUUAAAUAUAAAAAAUUCGUCUCGGAAUUUCUGUGCAAUGGUGGUGGUUGGACAGAAAUUCGUUGCGAGAUGAACAAAAAAAAAGAAUGUCAAGUAAAGCUAAUAAUUCGUUUGGUUAAGUUUAAGAAUUUCCCGUCUUACCAGAAGUGACAUGGUAUAUUAUUCGUCCCACUUAAUUUCUUAUGGUUUUACGAUACUCCACACAUUCAAUUGUUUAUUUAUUAGUAAAAAAACUGUUAAUUGACGGUAUUGUUCAGUUGCAAUUACAUUAGAAAAUACAUAUGAAACUGUAAAAACGCA